AACAGCUGUGCACGAGCCAAGAAACUGGGAUAUUCCUUCCUAAACGACUUUAUACAGCGUUUAAAUAGCGUAAUAUUGUCAAAAUUAAUUAACUACACAUUUUCAAAAAUGACAAAUGAAAUAUCUAAAAGAAAAGGGAAGAGCUCAGGCGAGAAGAAGGCGAAAAGAAAGGCAAAAAGAAGAGAGACUUACGCAAUGUACAUCUAUAAAGUUUUGAAACAGGUUCAUCCGGACACGGGGAUUUCAAGCAGAGCCAUGAGCAUCAUGAACUCCUUCGUGAACGACCUGUUUGAGAGGAUCGCCACAGAAGCGUCCCGGUUGGCUCAGUACAAUAAACGCUCCACCAUCACCAGCAGAGAGGUGCAAACUGCAGUGAGACUGCUGCUGCCCGGGGAGCUGGCUAAACACGCCGUGUCUGAAGGAACUAAAGCUGUGACCAAGUACACCAGCUCCAAAUGAAGACUUCAAAAAAUAUAAGUGUUUAAAACACGUUAUAAGGAGCAAAUUGAUCUCAAUAAAUGCAUAAACAAAGAUAA